UUUAAUUGACACCAACCUCCGACCACUGUCGACCUUCUGCACUCCUUAACUUCCACCGUCGAGUGGAGGCAUUCUCUGCCUGCACCUGCAUGCGUAUCUCUCUUCCAUCCUUAAUUCUUCUUCGAUGCUACUUGGGAGUUUUACCUCUUUUGCAGCCGAAUCCAAUCCUUUCUCUGCGAGUGAUGGCCUUGCUCCCGUCCGUGUGAAACAAAUUACCGGACUCCGGUCCACAACGUGUGUCAAAUCUCCAUAGUUUCUUCUCUAUGUUGUUUCUCAUAUAUGAUUAAGGUUCUACACAUGAGGAGGAUGAGCUCUUCCUGGGCUUUCUUGCUGCUAGCGAUUCCAUUUCUCCUCGUCUCUCAUGGAUUCUCAGAGCCAGAGAGUUCCGCCGAUAUUAUUGCUCCGAUGGCGAAGGAAGAGCAGGAAGCACUCUACUCGGUGCUCCGAGACUUGGUUGGCGAAUGGUGGAACGGCCCUGAGCUUUAUCCAGACCCCUGCGGCUGGACUCAAAUACAGGGAGUUUCCUGUGAUCUCUUUGAUGGAUUGUGGUAUGUGACCUCCCUGAAAAUUGGUCCUGUUCUCGACAACUCCCUCGAGUGCUCGGAGCAAGCACAGUUCAGUCCCUUGCUGUUCCAGCUCGACCACCUCAGAAGCCUCUCCUUCUUCAAUUGCUUCUCUUCUCGUCAGCGAAUGAGCAUUCCACAGAGCAGCUGGGAGAAGCUGUCUGGAAGCUUAGAGAUCCUCGAAUUCCGGUCGAACCGCGGCCUCGUAGGGAGAAUCCCCGGUGCCAUUGCUCGACUCAGUAAACUGGAGUCCCUAGUCAUAGUGGAGAACGCCGUGGACGGAGAGUUGCCGGUGGAGCUGGGCAAGUUGGAGCACCUGAAGAGGCUGAUGCUAUCUGGCAAUCACUUUGCGGGUCGAAUUCCCGAUUCGAUUUGUGGCAGCUGGUCCGAGCUCCUCAUCAUGGACCUGAGCAGGAACUCUCUCACAGGGCCACUGCCUUCCUCUCUGAGCAAUCUCACUUCACUCCUGAAGCUUGAUCUAAGCGACAAUCACUUCAAUGGAAGCCUUCCGCCAGAGCUUGGCCAGCUCAAGAAUCUAACUCUGCUCGAUCUCAGGAACAACGACUUCGUAGGUGGCUUGGCACAGUGGCUUAACGGCCUGACCUCCAUUGAGAACUUGCUUCUGGCUCACAAUCCUGAAUUGGGAGGGAGACUCGAGGAAAUUGAGUGGGGGAAAUUGAGGGAGCUCACUGCUCUGGACUUGUCUCACACAAGCUUAACAGGUGAAAUUCCUGCAGCCAUGGCAGGACUGAAGGGAUUAAGAUACAUUGCAUUGGAUGGCAACAGCCUCACUGGGGGUGUCUCACCAGAGCUUGCAGCACUGCCUUGUCUAGGUGCUCUCUACCUCAAUGGCAAUAAUUUAACAGGGAGGCUGGAGUUCCCUCAGGAGUUCUAUCGGAGGUUGGGGAAGCGAUUCGUCUCGUGGGGCAACCUGAACCUGUGCUACGAUGCCGCCGCGAAGAAUGCAAGGGCAGUGCCUUACGGCGUGGCACGGUGCGAGCAAGAUAGCCGAGAGAAUGUCAGCUAUGAGUCUGUUUUGAAUGCUGCAAGGGCGGGAAGUGGAGAUUUGAAUGGCAAUUGUGGUUCCUUGGGUUCCUUUGUGGUUCAUGGGGGUGUCAUUUGGGGGGUUUGGGUCAUGCUACUUGUGGUUGUGUUCUUGUAGUGUUUGCAAACAUGUUUUUUGUUUUUC